ACAACAUAUUAAUUAUUUCAGCACGACCACAAGGGAAACCCUCCAAGGCUUAUGUAAACGAUAGUUCGCAACAAGAGACCCUAAUCUUCCUAAAUCCGUUUGUAAGAGCCACCUUCCUCAUUCCGGAACCAGAGGCCGCCAAGGAAAGAUGAAGAUCUACAGCACAGACGGGAGUUACACAGAAAACGUCCGAGACACGGAGUUCGGUUGGUUCUUCAACGACAUAGAGCUCGAAUCGGAAAAUGAGGUCGGGAAUCCCCAAGAGAACGGCGAAAUAUUCGAGGUCAAGGGAAAACCCCUUAUUUUAACGAACCCGGUGGUGGAAGUGCAUGGUGUAGAAAACGCGGAAGAGUGUCAGGAGCGCCCGGUGAACUUGGUCAGAGAGCAUAUGUUGAGAAACUUUGUGAACAUAGACUCUCAGUCGCCAACUAGAGAGGAGAUCGCAAGUCUAAUAGAACCUUAUUCAAUACAAAGUGGUACUUUGCUCUCUGUAGUUUCCAACGCAAAACUGUUGACGUACAAAAGUAAAUAUUUGCAACUUUUUAUUGCCGCUAGAGCUAGUGCUUACAGAUAUUUGAUAAAAGAUAAAGAGGAGAUAAAGAAAGUCGUUGAUGAGUUCAAUUUAAACAGUCACGAGUUUGACAACCCAGUAUCUAUAUUAUUGGAACUUAUUUUUACAGAUAAAACUUCGCCGAUUGAUUACUUUUUGUUUAAUACGAAAGCUAGUGAAUCGGGUUCUAUAGUUAGGAGUCUGCUCAGGCAAAAGAGCCAAGAUGUCUUUGCUAAGGCCAAGUGCGAUUCCGACAGUGGGGUAGCAGAUAGCAUUUCUAGUAACGAUAGUAACGAGAUGAGGAACGAGGUGAUAGAAAUACACCAGGAUCUCGAGCACAUGAAUCUCACCGUAGAAAGACUGAUCGAAAAAGCCGAGAAACUGGAGAAGGACCUCAUCCAGACCAACUACCUGGAUGACCUUAUCCAUCUGCUGAACGGAGAUGUAGAAAAAGUCAAGACCAUAAAGCUUCCCUUCAAGGCCUUUCUGACUGGAGAAGAAGAAAAGGUCAAUCUGGUGAUAUAA